ACAAAUUCCGGUCCCCUGAAAUUGCAUAGAGCUGUUUUUCAUUCACAAACACACCCCAAAGCUAGCAGUUCCGACCUGUGUCUCUCUUAAUCCAAACAUACAGGCACAAGUAUAAGGCAGCUAAAUAAUCUAACAAAAUGUCUACGAUGAACAUGGACUAUGAUAGAACUCAACCAGAGGCCCGCAACAUUGACAAUGAGAUUCAACAAGCACUGAGCUGUUUUGGUUCCCGUGCCAUUGAAGGUCAAGCUCAACAGAAACAAGCCACGGGCAGCGCAGUUCCCAUCGACCCGUCGAUCACUGAUGGUACAAACAAAGACACGACGAGUUCUGAAUUUGCCAGAUCCACAGCUGAGGCCGCGGUGAGAUCUUCCCAGAACAACAAGCAAUCAAGUACAAACAAGGUAUCGAAGCCUCGAGUCAACAAGCCAGGUCAAAAGUUUGGAGCGAAGAAGAAAUCUUGGGUUUGGAGCUGGUUUAUUCAGAAUGAAAAGGAUUACAACUCUGCAACGUGUGACAUUUGCGAAAAGGUGAUUAAGCGUCUGCCUUCUGAUAAAGGCUCGCCGAAGAAACUUGGCGAACAUUUGAGAACUCACAAGAUCAACAAGGACUCGCCGAGUCCAAGAAGAGAUGGCAUACUGAUCCAUUCCGAAGAUGGACAGCGCCAUUACUUCAACACCUUGAACCAGGCUACAGAAAGUUUUAAGCAGCACCCUUUAUCACACGACACGACGGAACCGCCUGCAGAACAACAGGAGCAGGAAGAAGAACAAGCGGACCUUGCCUCCUCUGAGUUUGAACAUGGAGAAUACAGUGCAUUGAGAUUCCAGAAGUAUGUUAUGCGUUUCCUCGUACACAACAAGCUUCCGCUCUCGAUUGUGCAAUCACAAACGUUCAGACAAAUCAUCUACCACCUAAAACCUAGCGCAGUGUCUCAUUUGGAUGAACUGAGUAGCAUGUACGGGUCACUGUUAGAUUGUAUCCAAGCUGAGAUGGAUGCGGAACCAAAGUCUAAAGAAGCCGACAACGGUAACACUGUCACUACUGCUGCUGUUGCGGCAGCUACAGCGUCAGCAGCUGAUGAGCCAACUCAUGAGAGUAACAAUUCAAACGUUGACGAACAGUUAACGAAUGAAGGCACCAGUGAAGUAUGGGUUUAAACAUCACCGCACAUUUAGUACUGUGUUCUUCUUCUAUUUCUUGUUUAAUUUGUAUAAUUCCUCUCCGACUAGCCAUUUUCCAAUACCAGUAGUGAAAUGCUCAAUAUCAAGCAAAACACCAAGCUCAGAAGAGGUAGAACUCACUCAAAACUAAAUCUGAGGAAAAACCACUGCAAAAGAGUAACUAUAUAUAAGACAAACUAUAUAGUAGAAAUGCUUAUCCAUCCA